AUGACAUUUAAACAGUCGCUCUCCGUCAACCUAGCGCUGGCCAGUCCACUCCUCAGCCGCUUCGACCUCGUACUGGUCUUGCUCGACUCGCGUAAUGCGACCUGGGACGAGAUGGUCUCGGGCUUCAUUCUGGAAGGCAAGACUCCAGCGACUCACGCGAAGCUGAUGUUUCGGAGAAGCGUUGAGGUCCUGGAUGCAGUGGUUGCUGUCUGCUUGAUUGAAUCGUCCAUGCAGGGCUCAGCUCUUCUAGGUGGGAUCAAUACUCUUCAUACGUCUUUCCCCGAGAACCCAGAAAAAGAAUACAGAAACCAGGUUGAACUGAUUUUGACGAAAUUGGCAUUACCCGACAUUCUACAAGUGGAAUUACUGCAGCUACAGACGGCUGACUCAUUACUAGCGCCACCUACAGGCGAUAACGCACAACCUACACGUGGGGAAGCACCGUUAUUACAUCAGUUGCAUCCCAAUCAUGAGAGCACCCACGUCCCACACCAUGAGGAGGAGCACUCCGGGUUACCUCAAUCAUCACCAAGCCAAACAUCUCGCAGUGAAAUUACAUCAAGCAGCGAAGAACACACACAGCAGCUAAACGUCAGCGCGUUCGAUCUAUUCAGUGAUCAUUUCACUUCUCCAACACUCGCUCAGCCCAAGGCAAUCGUGAAUGUCAUGGACAAGACCUGUCCUGCUGGUGACCUACAUAAGCGUCCCACUCUGUCUGAGGAAUCUUCUUCGCCGGAGGUGAAAAUCACAACGAAAACUUGCGCACAGUCAAGUGCAUCACAAUCCACAUGCAGUCCGGGAGUGCGUGACCAAACGACUGCCGAUGUAACAACUCUAAACGCGUCCACGAAGCAGAAACCACAUGCCGGUUUCCGCAAACUGAGAACGUCUAUGCGUGGCCUCGCAUCUGUGCAUGAGUUAUCGACGACUGUGCCAGGCAGUCUUGCUGACCCAUGUAGCAUAAAUUCUGGUCUGCUGCAGACAGCUAGACUGGAUAGCCCUGCACAGGAGACCUCACGUGAAAUAACACCCAGAAGCCAAACUGCGAACACAGAAGUGACUGCGAGCAUGGACAAUGGGAAGGCAGAGGUGAUGCGCGAGUGUCCGGAGACAGGCAGCGUUGCUUCCAGCAUUAGUUGCACGAACCUCAUCGAGAAACUGAAGUCGUUCGUCUACACGAAGUCGGCUACCCGGACAUCCGCCGAAACGUUGCAGAACGAUGGAAAAGACGUCCAGAACACUACGUUCGAGAAGGCAACAUUGAGUGACUCGUCAUCACCCAAGUUAAAGCGUAAAAAGACUUCCUAAACUCGCCCAGUAUGUCAAAUUACUUCUGUUGUGUGGCCUGGGUACAUAUUAUAUGGUUGGAUGUUCAAGGAAGGGACAGGUAACGACCUGCCAAAAGCGGAAUUUUCGUAGAACAGCUUUUGAUUGUAUGCAGACGAUGUUAAGAAAGAAUAGAGAGCAAAGCAGUAAAUGAAAGGUUGAUAAAACAAUACAGAGAAGUGAUGCAGGGAGAGAAAAUUGGGAGGUAUGGAAUGAAGUGUAGGCCACCAUGCAAUGACCUCAAAUUGAUUAAACAUUUAGAUAUAUAUAAAUGUUGUUAAUUAGUUCUAUAGAAAGCUGCAGCGGGAGUAUUCCUACUAUAACGACUAUAUAUAAUAAUACGAAUAUGUCCCUGUACCAUUUUAAGAUACUGCUUGGAUCAAACGAAACAUGUUCUCUAACA